CGCUGUCACCAUCAGGACCCCCAACAGGGAGAAUAAAAAAACAGCUUGGAUGAGAGAAAUAUGCCAAAUUGUCUUUCUUAACCACAAAUGAUCGAGGACACAUUUGUUGGUCUCUGCAUGUUUCCGGGCGUUUCCUCGCUGAGACUCAUGUCUGAUUGUCCUCUAGUUUUUUCUGCGAGGGACUAAUAUGGAUGAGCAGGCUGAGAGAAGAGGCUGAGGAUCUGUGAAGGGUUUGGAUGAGACGCUCAGGCAGCUCCACAUAGAAGAGGCAACAGGCAUGACUUCAGUGUAGCCCUGAAUCAAAGCUCGAUCCUGCAUGCAUCUGCAUCUCCGCUUUUUCACUCCGUAAUAUCAUUCUCAUUCGAAGACCGCAUUUUACUCGGAUAGAAGAUGGCUCACCUGAUCCGACACAAGCUCUCCAACAAGCUGACCAACGCGGCCCACACGGUGUCCAACAAAUCCCAGGCCAAGGUCAGCGGGGUGUUCGCCCGCCUGGGCUUCCAGGCUGCGACGGACGAGGAGGGCCUGGGGUUCGCCGAGUGCGAUGACCUGGAUUAUGACUACCGACAAGGGAUGCAGAUGGAUGUCCUUCAGGGCGAAAACGAAGGGGGACACGUGGAGGGAGAUGGGGAUCUGGACGGAGACAGCCACUACCAGAGAGAUGGCACCGGGCCCCGGCCUGCGCCCCUGAAGACAGGAGGCUCCCUGGACGAGGACAAACCAAAAAUCACGACAUGGGAAGCUGGCUGGAACGUCACCAACGCCAUUCAGGGCAUGUUCGUCCUCGGCCUGCCGUACGCCAUCCUCCACGGCGGCUACCUCGGCCUCUUCCUCAUUAUCUUCGCGGCCGUGGUGUGCUGCUACACGGGCAAGAUCCUCAUCGCGUGUCUGUACGAGGACAACGAGGACGGCAUCAAAGUCCGUGUCAGGGACUCGUACGUGGACAUCGCCAACGCCUGCUGCGCGCCCCGCUUCCCGGCCCUGGGCGGACACGUCGUGAACGUGGCGCAGAUCAUCGAGCUGGUCAUGACCUGCAUCCUCUACGUGGUGGUCAGCGGCAACCUGAUGGUCAACAGCUUCCCGGGGCUCCCCGUCUCCCAGAAGGCCUGGUCCGUGUUGGCCACGAUCGCGCUCCUGCCGUGCGCGUUCCUGAAGAACCUCAAGGCCGUGUCCAAGUUUAGCUUGCUGUGCACGAUGGCGCACUUCGUCAUCAACGUCCUCGUGAUCGCCUACUGUCUCUCCAGGGCGCGCGAAUGGGCCUGGGAGAAGGUCAAGUUCUACAUCGACGUGAAGAAGUUCCCCAUCUCCAUCGGCAUCAUCGUGUUCAGCUACACCUCCCAGAUCUUCCUGCCCUCCCUGGAGGGGAACAUGCAGAGGCCCAGCGAGUUUCACUGCAUGAUGGAUUGGACUCACAUCUCCGCCUGUGUCCUCAAGGGCCUCUUUGCACUGGUGGCCUACUUGACUUGGGCGGACGCCACCAAAGAGGUCAUCACAGAUAACCUGCCUUCAACCAUAAGGGCCGUGGUGAACAUCUUCCUCGUCGCCAAGGCGCUGCUAUCUUACCCACUGCCUUUCUUUGCUGCAGUGGAGGUUCUGGAGAAAUCCUUCUUCCAGGACGGCGGCAGGGCCGUGUUUCCUGACUGCUACGGCCCCAAUGGGCAACUGAAAUCCUGGGGUCUGGGCCUUCGAGUCACCCUGGUAGUCUUCACCUUGCUCAUGGCCGUCUUUGUCCCCCAUUUUGCCCUUCUGAUGGGCCUAACUGGAAGCCUCACCGGCGCCGGCCUGUGCUUCCUCUUGCCGAGCCUCUUCCACCUGAGGCUCCAGUGGAGGAACCUCCUGUGGCACCACGUCUUCUUCGACGUUGCCAUUUUUGUUAUUGGAGGUAUAUGCGCCAUAUCUGGCUUCAUUCACUCAGUUGAAGGACUCAUAGAGGCCUACAGGUACAAUCUCCACGACUGAGAGCUUCAGAGAAGACCUUUUACUGAAACGUGACAUCCCAUAAUGCCGCACUCCUGCAGGCUGUCAUGAAGCAGACCUUAUCCAAACAUCAUGUUGACCACUUGCCAUAGAAGCUUGUGAGGAGGAUUAUUUGUGUGAAAUGUAGCCUACAUCUUUUUAUUUCGCCUUUGUGAUAUAAUGUGCAAUAAUGAACUCUACAGUCAUUGUGUAAAGUCUAGUCUUCUCAUUCCAGAAACAAUGUUUUAUUAAGUGGACAGAGGAACACAGCCUCCGCAUGACAGGGGGCUGAUUAAAUAAUAUGCGGGCAUGACAAAGUCUGAGUCUUCAUGCAAAGUUAUCAGAGAUCCAGUGAAAAUGUCAGCCGUGGCUCUAUAACUGUGAGUGUGUACGUGUUUAUAGUUGGGGAAUGAAAUAUGUGAAAAACUAUGAGGUGAAUAUGUUGUUACUGGUUUUUGAGCUGCUAGAUAUAUCAUUAAUCCCACUCCAGAGAAAAGAUAAGAGCAGGGCACCCUUCAGAUCACACGAUACUCUGUGGAAAUAUAAAAAAAAAACAUGAAUAACUUUUGUGUAGUUGUUUAAAACAGAAUGACUUUUUAUUUCCAGUUUGUUUUUUUUGUUGUGUUUUUUUUUGACAUCUUAUAGAUAGUGGUCCUGUUGGCUCGUUUUGUUUUCUUGGUGUUUCAAGUGUCAUUCUGGAUGAAGUGAAUUCAAAGUUCAAGCAAGUGGGUCCUAACUGUGUUAUAUGUAUGAAAACUGUCUGUCUGAUGAUAUUCUCUUCCUAUUGAACGUGUUACUUGUGAUUUAAAUGGAACUUAUCAUGGUGUGUGAGACCAAGAGUUUGUUGAAUUAAGAGAUAAAUAAAUCAAAUAUUUUAU